GUAUACCGUCGACGUCUAAGUGGAGAAACACAAAGAUGGUGUCCACGGGAUGUUGCAAUACCCAAGUGAACCGCGUGGAGUACGUGUGACGUCAAGCCGGAACAUUACUCCAGCGCCGUGCACCAAGCGUCUUUCCUCGCUGCCGAACGUUUUAUCUCAAUGGGAAGAGCAAGCGUUAAAAUGAAGCGGCGAAUUCAGACCAUCGCCGCUAUCUGACACAUUCCCACCGUUCGCCUGCAGCCUAAAUGUGAUCUCGCCGGCGUGUCGUGGGACGGCUGCCGUGGUCUGCAGCUGACGUCAAGGCUGCUCUGGUGGCAGCAUCCGCGGGCAAGAUACAAGUCCGGCCCGCACAGCAGCCAUGUUGACGGUCUUCCGUCACGGCCACGCGGCUUCCGGCGUACUCCGAUCACUGCCCAUCUUGGUCCUGGCCUUUGUCCUGCCGCUUUGUCAAGUGGCAGCUCAGGAGGAUGUUCAGCGCCAGUCCCCGGCCCAGGUUCUGGAAGACCUGCUGGCCCGCCACGGCGACAACAGCACCAUCACUGUGCCACAGUUGCGCUCCCUACUGGCCCUGCUCAGCCAGGGCGACGCCGGCGCGGUACGCCAGAAUGUGACCACCACGGCCGCGCCACCCAAACUGAACAACUCAAAGUGCUUGCCGGAGAACACGCUGGCCAUCUACAGCAUGGGCGAGCAGUCUCGCCUGGACGGGCGCGGCUUGCAGGAGUUGUGCCCCACCAUGCUGCAGCAGUUGGACGCCGGUGCGUGCCGAGCCCGCGCUCAAGACCAGCUGGGCGGCGACGCCUCGCCGAGGCCCACUGAUACCGAAGUGUGGGGCUACGGGUUCCUGUGCGUGACGCUCAUCUCGCUGUGCUCGCUGGUGGGGGCCAGCGUGGUGCCGUUCAUGAAGAAAACCUUUUACAAGCGUCUGCUGCUCUACUUCAUUGCGCUGGCCAUCGGCACGCUCUACUCCAACGCCCUUUUCCAGCUCAUUCCAGAGGCCUUGGGCUUCGACCCCAUGGUCGACUUCUAUGCGUCAAAGUCCGCCGUGGUCUUUGGAGGCUUUUACCUCUUCUUUUUCACCGAGAAGAUCCUUAAGAUGCUCCUCAAGCAGAAGGACACGGGUCACGGCCACGGUCAUUACUCCGGCGCCGAGCGCUACGCCGCACCCGGCCUAAACUUGGAGGAGGGCGAGAACCUGCAGCCGAACGGGGAGCUGAGCGCCGGCCACGCUGCGGGCAAAAUGGACGCCGGCGAGGGCGAGCUCAUGCUGCGCUCCUCGCAGACGCCGCAGGACCCGCAGAGCGCGGACGGCGGUGCCGGCCGGGCGAGCAGGAGCGGCGGCUGCCAUUGGUUUAAGGGGACGCCCUACUCUGACAUCGGCACGCUGGCCUGGAUGAUCACGCUGAGCGACGGGCUGCACAACUUCAUCGACGGCCUGGCCAUCGGCGCCUCCUUCACCGCUUCCGUCUUUCAGGGCAUCAGCACCUCGGUGGCCAUCUUGUGCGAGGAGUUCCCUCACGAACUGGGCGACUUUGUCAUCCUUCUGAACGCCGGCAUGACCAUCCAGCAGGCGCUCUUCUUCAACUUCCUGUCGGCCUGCUGCUGCUACCUGGGGAUGGGCUUCGGCAUCCUGGCCGGAAACAGUUUCUCCCCCAACUGGAUCUUUGCCCUGGCGGGAGGCAUGUUCCUCUACAUCUCUCUGGCGGACAUGUUCCCCGAGAUGAACGAGGUGAGUCGCGAGGAGGAGGACGCCGGCGGCAGCAGCUUCCUGCUGACGUUCGCCAUCCAGAACGCCGGCCUGCUGACGGGCUUCGGCAUCAUGCUGCUGCUCACCACCUACUCCGGACAGAUCCGACUAGCGUAGAUGCCGUUCGCUCGGCCGGCAUGCGAGGGACUGCCGACGGCCAGCCUUUGGCAAGUGAGGAAAACAAAAGGCUCCGUGACUGCGGCAUGCUUCUAUUUUUGGGUGGGGGGGGGGGGGUGGUCAGCUCCCAAAGCAAGCACACUGUUUCUUGUUUUCAAUGCGAAGAAGAACAGCGCAGUCUUCUUUCAUCUUGAAAAAUGACGGUAAACCUCUCGCCUUCGCUUUGUUUUUUUUUCUGAGAAUAUGAGAGUAUAGGAAUAAAAAUCUGCACCUGUGCGGGGGCAACAUGAUUGUUAGAAAGAACCGAUUUAAAGUGACGGCGCCGACCAAAGAUGACAAAAGGUUCUCCUCAUCGCUUUUUUAUUUUUCAACAAAAGGUCCAACGGCUGAGUGGCUAAUGCUAAUAGCCGUAUCAACUUGUUUGGAACUUUGGACAUGGACAUCAUCUCGACUACACAACAGUAUGCGUGCGUGUCUUCGUGUGUUCGCGUGUUCGUGCGUGUGUGUUCACCAGCAGUUUAUCCAGUGGCCAAAAUGAUAUCAAUUUGAGAUUGAAAUAAAUUCAAACGCAAGCAAUUAAUCUCAAGUCAAGUGCAUUUCUCAAGCAUUUUAAAAACAACCACGAUUGUAUCCAAAGUGGAGCAAAAAUAUUUGAAUUUAUUACAAGGUCCUUUUAUGAAUGACAUUCCCAAUCUAAUUAAUAGACAGUUUUUUUAUUUGUAUAAAAAAAUCACUCUUAUUGUAAACAAUGAGGGAUAAUUUAUCUACAAUGACUAUAAUAGGAUGUAAUUAGUUCAUUUGUAUUAAUAACGAUGUUGACUGUGUGAUUCAUUGAGGAAAUAAAUUCGCGUAUGACCUCA